AUGACGUGGUGGUCGAAAGUUGACUUAUCUGAAUCAAAUUUCUACGGGGCUUUUUUUCACGUUCUAUCCCUUUUAAUGGCCGUUUGUGCUCUUCUUUCAAGUGAGUGGAUAUUGAUCGACGAGCCAGCGUUGAAUUCGACGGCGGGCAGUGACGAUACCGAGUUGUUUUUUGACGUCUCACAGUCAGACCAUUGCACAAAUAUUGGUUGUCGGGAUUUUUGGCGUCCUGCAAGAUUCGGUGGCUUCUUAGACAGAAAAGGGCGAACUCAUAUUGCCUUUCAUUCCAAUGAUCGGGUGCUACUGGAUUGUGUAACUCCUAUGGUUGCCAAUCUCUUCUACGUUCUCAUCGCUUUGUGUUUUAUCAUUACUUUGACAUCGUCGUUGUCAUUAAUUAUGAACCUUCUUCCUCCUCCCAACGGAUUUCUACAGUGGCUGAGACGGAACACAGUUUUUGAGAUGUGUAAUAUGCUACUGACUCUAUGUGUGUGCGUCGUUGCCCUAAUUGCUCAAUGUGAAGUAGCGCGCGUUCGGCCUCAUUGCGACGUUUCUCUCGGAGGUGGAGUAUUCAUGGUUUGUCUUGCUGGAAUGAUGUCGUUUUUCGCUGCUACUUCUACCUUGCGCCACUCGUAA